AUGCACAUUAAGGAUGUUCAUGAGUGGCCAUUGGUAAAUAAAUUCAUUAUUCCACUUCUCGCAGAAAUUUCCCGCUUCAUUAGCUAUUUUCAGGAUGACUUGACGGGUCCCUACACCAGCUGCGGUCAUGGGCCUUUGGGGGAAUCGCGACCGGGAGUCUUGGUUGCCGGGAGCAAGGCUCAUGAGGAGGCCCGGAAGGUCAUCCUAACUAAGUCGUUUCAAAGAGAUUUGCCUCGGGCUAGUCCCUAUGGAGGAACCUCCAUAUGUGGGGAGAAGAACGCAUUGGAUAGAAUUUACUGCCGUAAGGAAAUAUUCUACCCAAAUGCGACUUGUCCGUUAUAUGCUAUGAUGGCCACAAUGCACAUCAACACAUUGCGGCUAGCGGAACAUACCGUACAAAGAAGAGUGCUGAAGACACGAGAGAUCCAGCGGAAAUACCUUUCGAGAAAAUCUAAGCUGGAAGAAAAAUCUUCAGCCAAACAUUUGUGGAGGGACUUAGUUUUGGAUGAAGUUCUCAGGAACCGCCUCAUAGCCUUGCAAGGAAAGCAUUAUGACUCAAGCGAGAUGAUCGCGGACCUCAUGGCCGCUGACGAUCGUUACGAGUGUGAGCUGUAG